GGGAGCCAGAGCCUGCUGCGAGCCGGGCAGCCGGAGCCGCCGUGACUUUUCAAGCGACUUUUGCAGUUCGGCUGCCCCCAGCCAGGGACAGCGCCGGGCCGGGCCGAGCCGAGCCGAGCCGAGCCGGGGCGUGGCUGCGCUUAGCCUCCUCGCCACCCAGCCGGGGCGGCCGCCGCCCUACGGGAGCGGAGCAGCUGGGAAGUUUCGGGGCAAAGCCACUGACCAGCUUCCCCUCAAAACAAGCAGUGAAAAAUGGGCCGGAAAAAAAUACAGAUCAGUCGAAUUUUGGACCAGCGCAACCGUCAGGUGACCUUCACCAAGCGCAAGUUUGGGCUGAUGAAGAAGGCCUAUGAGCUGAGCGUGCUGUGUGACUGCGAGAUCGCCCUCAUCAUCUUCAACAGCACCAACCGCCUCUUCCAGUACGCCAGCACCGACAUGGACAAGGUGCUGCUCAAGUACACGGAGUACAGCGAGCCGCACGAGAGCCGCACCAACUCCGACAUUCUGGAGACGCUGAAGCGGAAGGGCCUGGGGCUGGAAAGCCAGGAGCUGGAGCUGGACGAAGGGCUGGACCCCAUGGAGAAGGUCCGGAAGCUGAACGAGGGGGUGGACCUGACGGUGGCGCGGCCCAGGCUCUACUCGUCAGUCCCUCUGCCCAGCCACGAAGCAGCCUACGCGGGCACACCGCCCUCUGGGAGCGACGGAGGGCUCAACAGUGCCAACGGGUCCCCGCAGCACCAGAGCCGCCUGCCUGCGUUCAAGUCAGCGAUUCCCAGGCACGGCCAGCCUUCGGGGCGCUCCCCGGGGCCACUGCCACCAGGCCUUGCCUACCCUCUCUUCUCCCAUGGCAACCUGAACCGAGCCCUGGCUACCAAGACCCCUCCCCCACUCUAUCUAGGGGCAGAAGGCCGCAGGAUGGAUGUCCACAGCAGUUUGUCCAGUGCCAGGAGUAAUCUGACAUCAGCGCAGCGAUCGCUCUACCCUGGCCUGCAGACGGUGAGCCCAGUGCUGCCCGCCGGCAACGGCAGCAUGCCAGCCCACGGGCUAGGGGGCUUCCCCUUCCUCUCCUCAAGCCAAGCAGAGUACGGGCCCGGCGAGGCCUCCUCGCACCCUGGCUACCUCCAGGCCAAUGCCAUUGCCUCCUGGCAGCACCACAGAGACAUGGCAGCCUCCACGCACCUGCCACUAGGGGCAGCCGGCAGAGGGCUCCCCACCGAAGAGGCAGCCCCGGCCCCCAGCAGCUCUCCCCAGCACCAGGCCAUCAGCAUCAAGUCCGAACGGGUCUCCCCAGUGGUCAGCUGCAGCUCAGCCACCCCCCAGCACUCCCUGAGCAGCCUGUCCUCCCUCAGCGACGUCCCCAGAGGGCCCGGGAACCAGCCCCAGCGAGACGAGUAUGCCAAGGCCUAUCACUACCCGCUGGUCCUGUCCCGGCCGCUGGCAGAGGAGCAGCAGGGGGGCGUCUCGGUGCGGCGCCUGCAAGUGACGGACAUUUGGCAGAGAUAGUGGGACCGGCUGUCCGGGGUGGGGGGACGCCCGCGCUGUUUGCAUGUACGUACCGGCAGUGGCAGGCCCAGUCUGUCCCAUGCCUCCUCUUCUCCUCAGAAGCACUUGUACCUUUCUCCUGGGGUUCCCUGCAGCCACAACCACCCACAGGGCAGGAGGUGGCACCACAGAGCAUGGCUGAGUGCUGCGGGGGGAUCCCAGAACCCCAUGGGUAGUGAGUGCCUGGGGGGAGACCCCCUCGCUGCCUAGCCCCAGAGCCCUAUGGGCUAUGAGUGCUUGGGGGGAGCCUCCUUUUUGCCCUGCCCCAGAACCCCAUGGGCUGUGAGUGCCUGCAGGGUGCCCCCCUCAGUGCUCUGCCCCAAAACCCCUUGGGCUGUGAGUGCCCUGCCCCAGAACCACAUAGGCUGUGAGUGCCUGCAGGGAGCCCCCUCAGUGCCCAGCCCCAGAACCCCAUAGGCUGUGAGUGCCUGUGGGGAGUCCCCCUCGGUGCCCAGCCCCAGAACCCCAUAGGCUGUGAGUGCCUGUGGGGAGACCCCCUUGGUGCCCUGCCCUAGAAUCCCCUGGGCUCAGAGUGCCCACGGGGAGCCCCCUCUCUCGGUUUGAAAUACAUCCCUACUGUCUUUCCCUCCAACUCUCUGAUUUCAUGUUAAAUGCCUGUUUGGGUGGAAGGUCUGUUCCUCUGAGCUGGGCUGGGGCUCCCUGGGGCCCCCCUGCCCUCGUCUGCCCCCCACCUCUACUCCUAAUGCCCCAGACCAGCUGCAGGUGCCUCAGAAGCUCAUGUCUGUCUUGUUAACCAUGCCCACAUCAACACCUCCCAGCCUUCUGUGAGCGCCAGUGCAGCACCACUGGGGCAUAGUCGUGGCGUGCCAGCGUGGACGGGGCACUGGCCUUUUAACCCUGUGCAGAGCAGGCUGGGAAGGUCUGCGUUAGAGCUGCCCCCCCAUGGGAUUCGCAGUGUUCAGGUGCCACUCUGGAUUAUUUUCUAUUUAUUAUGUUAUAUCCAGUCGCAGGUUCAACCAAUAAAGAUUUGGGUUUGUCCAGCCCCCCAGUGUGAUCUUAA